AUGAUGCUGACUGAGUUUCUUUUUCCCCUAGCUUGGAUUCUUCUCAUUGUGAUAGAAGAGGGCUUUGCUCUGGCACAAAAAAUCAGAGAGACGCAGAAUGAAGAUGGACCUCCAGCCAAGAACGAGCAGUGUGGCAUCUGGACCAAAACCAUCGGUGGAGGCCAGUUCAUGUCCCCCAACUACCCCAACCCUUAUCCACCGAACAAGGAGUGUGUCUAUGUCCUCGAGGCUUUGCCUCGGCAGAGAAUCCAGCUGGUCUUUGACAAAAACUACUACAUCGAGCCCUCGUUUGAGUGCCGUUUUGAUCACCUGGAGAUAAGAGAUGGUCCCUUUGGUUUCUCCCCACUCAUCGAUCGGUACUGCGGGCCGAAGAGCCCCGGUGUGGUCACCUCCACCGGCCGCUUCAUGUGGAUCAAAUUCACCAGCGAUGAAGAGCUUGAGGGCCUUGGCUUCCGCGUCAAAUACACCUACAUAGCAGACCCGGAUUUUAAAUUGCACGUGGGCGGACUCCUAAAUCCGAUCCCGGAUUGUCAGUUUGAGAUCAGCGGCUCAGAUGGGUUCGUCCGCUCCAGCCAGGUGGAAGAAGAAGAAAAAGUGAAAUCCGGUGAAGCUCUGGACUGCAUCUGGACGAUCCGAGCACCACCUCAAUCCAAGAUCUAUCUGCGCUUUCUGGAGUACCAGAUGGAGAACUCAAAUGAGUGCAAGAGGAACUUUGUGGCCAUUUAUGAUGGCAGCAGCGCCAUCGAGAACCUAAAGGCAAAGUUCUGUAGCACAGUGGCCAAUGACGUGAUGCUGGAGAGUGGUGUGGGAGUAGUGCGCAUGUGGGCAGAUGAGACGAGUCGCCUCAGCCGUUUCCGCAUGCUCUUCACCUCUUUCGUUGACCCUCCUUGCUCUGGAAACACCUUCUUCUGCCACAGCAACAUGUGCAUCAAUAAUUCUCUGGUGUGUAAUGGUGUGCAGAACUGUGUAUACCCUUGGGAUGAGAACCAUUGCAAGGAGAGGAAGUCUAAAGGCCUGUUCCACCAGAUCACCAAGACCCAUGGCACAGUUAUCGGCAUCUCCUCUGGUGUGGUGCUUGUUUUGCUCAUCAUCUCCAUCCUGGUUCAGAUGAAGCAGCCUCGUAAGAAGGUGGUGUCACGCCGUCCAGCUGUCUUCAACAAAUCCGGCAUUCAGGAAGUGUUUGACCCUCCGCACUAUGAGCUCUUCUCUCUGCGAGACAAAGAGCUUUCAUCUGACCUCGCUGAGCUGAAUGAGGAGCUUGAAAGUUUUCAGAAGCUGCGGCGUUCUUCCACGACAUCCCGCUGCAUCCAUGAGCACCACUGUGGCGGCACUGGCAGUGUAAAGCAAAACCGAAGUGCGCUCGGCUCCAUGGAACUCUCGUAUCACAACGACUUCUCUAAACCACAGCCCAUGAAGACCUUCAACAACAGCGGCCUGGGGAGCUACAAGAAGAGCUGCUACGGCUACAAACAGACUCACGAGUGUGCCGAGCAGGUCAUAGAGGACCGGGUCAUGGAGGAAAUCCCGUGUGAGAUCUACGGAAGGGGUGGGGCCAUAGGUGGGAAUGUGGGAGGGAUUAUUGGUGGAGCUGUGGGUGGAGCUACAGGAAGCAUUGGAAGUGGAUGCAGCAGCAUCAGCAUCCGUAACCAUGGCGGUGUCCGUAGCAACAAUGCCCCUAGCGUACCGGAAGCAAGUCAGCGCUCCAUUUCCAUGGACUUUUGA